CGCUACCCGCGCUGCUACCAUGGCUUGGUGCUGAGCGCUUUCGGCCACGGGCCGUAACGCCCGGCCGGGCUGAUGGGCCUAUGUGGCUGCAAGCGAACGGUGGAUCUGCCCCUGAAGUCAAAAACCGUCUCGUCGCGAAGUCUGCCUGCGAGGCAUGGCCACAGGCCCACCAUUAUCUUGCCGGAACUCGAGCACCUGAAUGAAGCCGGGCGCAUGAUCCUGCAGAGAACCAUGGCAAAGCGAGGCGACAAAGGGAAGGAGAUGAGUUGGCUGAACUUCAUGGUCGCCAAGAUGUGGCCUCACAUCCAUGAAGCUCUAAAGCUGGUGGUGGCCAAAGACUUAGAGCCAAAGAUCAAGGAUGCGCUACCAUCAGUCUUCGGCACCGUGUCCUUCAAGACCUUUUCCCUUGGCGAGCGGCAUCCGGAGAUUAAGGAGAUCGGGGUGGCGCACGGCAAGCAAAAUCAGUAUGAUGGCCUUGAACUGGACUUGAAGAUCAUCUGGAACUGCAAUGCAGACAUCGUGGUGGAUGUUCAGGGCAUUGAAAUAGGCAUUGAAAAUGUGCACAUCGAUGGCACUCUGAAACUGCAGUUUCGGCCUCUUCUGCCACAUCUUCCAAGCAUAGGUGGAGUUCAGAUCACCAUGAUGUCGCCGCCAAACAUCUCCUGGAGCUUCCGCGGCAUCUUCGCUGCGCUGCAAGCGGACGUGGUCUCCAGAGUCAUGCGCCAGGUGGUGAGCGAUCAAAUCUCAGAGCUACUUGUGGUGCCAAAUUUGAUCUUCUUGCACUGGUUGGAUUCGGAGGCCGACGUGGACCUGGAGGUCUUGCAGUUUCCACAUCCUGAAUGCGUGGUGCGGCUGUGCAUCAGCGAGGCGUGCGACUUACUGGGCUCUGAUUGGAACUACUUUGGUUUCAAUGGCACUUCUGACCCUUAUGUUUCUGUGCACUUGGGAUCGCAUCAUUGGUACACACCACAGAAGAGUCGCACGCGAAAUCCCAAAUGGGGAGAUGCAGGCUAUCAUGACUUUUUCGUCUACACGCCCAGCCAAUUCGUGAAGGUGGACGUGUAUGAUUCAGACAUCGGGCCAGGUACAGACGACCACUUGGGCUUCGUUGAAGGGCUGACGGUUCAGUGGUUGUUGGAGAAGCCACGCUGGUGGUGGCCACUGAAGUCGCGGAGCAAGACGCCGGAGUAUAAGUCUGAAGCGACGAUGAGUGCCUCAGCGCCGCUGGCGGCCAAAGGCAACAACAACGGCGAGGUUCUCAUCGAGGCGCACUUUUUCGAGCUCAGGGACACCGAGGGCGGGUGCAUCCCGCAACCCAUGGGGAAGGCAGAUGCCGUAGCCUACGCGUUUAUCGACCUCCGAAGUUUGCGUGGCUUGCAGCCCAAACAGGCGGAUGGAGCGACCAUCACCUUCAGGUUGGAAGGGCAAAGCUAUAAGAGCCACCCCGCCACCUACAAGGCCACCAGCUACGGCUCCGCACUGACGCCGGGGGCGCAACGCUUAGUGGAACACCUGCAUAACACCAAGGGACGAAGCAUCGACGAGAUCAUGAAGAUCUCGGGGCUCACCAAGGAGCAGGUGACUUCGGUGGUUCAUGCACGGCCAUCGUUUACCACGAAAUGGCAUCAGCCGAUUUCGCUGCCCAUCAAGGAUUUGGAUAAGGCGCAGCUCGAAAUAUGUCUGGGAAUUCGACGUCCCAACUACAAGGUCUUGGCUAACCUGAAGAUGCCCUUGAAACUCCAGGAGAUCAGGAACUGCGACAAAUGGCAGCUCGACAAGGCUCUCCCCCUCGAGGUAGAUCCAAAGAUGGAAGGUACCAGCCUCCUGCAGGAGAACCUGGAGUUGAGCCUUCGGAUUACUUUGCGAAGCUUGUGCAUUUCGGCGGACACGUUUGAUUACUCGGCCUCGUUCUGACCUCGUUCGUUGGAUCAAGAAAACGAUCUGGGUUUGGAGGUUUCAGGUUUCAGAUGGUUGGUUUCCAAGACACACCCAGAUGGCAGUGUGUCAAAACCUUGUACCCCUGGUGAAC